UUAGAUAAAAGCUGCAGUCACACUGCAGCUGAAUGACAGCCCUGCUUUUCUGCACGAGCCGGCAUCAUAGUUGCUCGAAAUUUCUGAUAGUACGUAAAUUUUUUGUUUUGUAAGGUCCCCAGCUAAAUUUACAGACAAUUUAACAAUGUCUCUAGAACAGCUCAAGGCGGAUUCUAGUGAAUUCGGCGCGUUGUUGGAGCAGGCGAAGGGAGCGCGUGUUAAGGCGGCUUUAACGCAGGCCAAAGCCGAAGUGGAUCGGGAAAUUAUCAAUUUGGAGAUUAAGGCUCGCCUGGCUGCUGAACGCCAGGCAUCUGGUGGCACAGCUGGCAGCGAUACCAAAAGAUAUUUGCACGAAUUAACCGACUAUGGCUGGGAUCAGAGUGCCAAGUUUGUGAAGCUAUUCAUUACGCUAAAUGGCGUACAGCAAUGCCAAGAAGAUGCGGUCACUGUCAACUACACAGAACACUCACUGCAGCUGCACGUGCGCGAUCUUAAUGGGAAGGACUUUGGAUUGAGCGUCAACAAUCUGUUGUUUGCCAUCGAUGUAGCGAAGAGUUACCGCAAAAUAAAGACCGACAUGGUGGCCAUUUAUUUGAAGAAAGCAGAGGAGGGCCAAAACUGGGACGUGCUCACAUCCAUACAGAAGCGCUUGAAGCAGAAGGCGGACAACGAAUUGGCCAAGGAUAAUGCAAAUCCAGAGGAGGCGCUGGUCAACAUUAUGAAGAAAAUGUACAACAGCGGCGAUUCAAAGACGAAACAGGUCAUUGCCAAGGCCUGGACUGAAAGUCAGGAGAAGGCGCGUUUUGGUCCGGAUGCUAACAGUGGUCCUGGUGGUGGCCUAGGCGGACUUGGGGAUCUCGGCAGUCUGGGAAAUUUGUAGAUAGGAGACGUAUUCACAUACUUAAUGUGAUAUGCACAAAAUUAAUAAAUGUAUGUGUGGCGAUGCUGGCGUAAAAUUCCACAAGUUUAAAAUAAAACUAAAAUAACAAUACAAUAA